UUUGGCACUCCCCAGCGGGGGAUUGGUGCUGAAAGGCUUCAUUGUGUCGGGGAUUGAAUGGGGGAGUUUGCGUUUUGUCGAAGUCCGUCUGUUAUCAUCCACACAGCGCGGAUUAACUGGCCUGCCCGAGUCCGAGCCAUGCGCGUUAUCAUGCCGCAACCCUCCAGCGGUGCGUUCAUUGUGCGUUAUACUGAUAAAUGCGCCCUGCUUCCGAGCCGCUGCCGCUGACUGAACGAUGCUCAACAGCUCCGAGAAAUGAACGGAGGGCCCGACAGAUACGGAUUAACAAUGUAGGGAUGCUAUUGUCGAAGUCUCGCAUCUGAUACUGAGCUCUGCGGGUUUGCAUCGAUGGAGAGGGCGUCUAGACACCUAUAAAAGCCUGCGUUAUCUUUGUUUGCUUGCUUUUUUGCUUCUUGAUUACAUUUUGGAGCGGAAUACGUUUUUUCGAAAGGAUUUAGCGUCGCCGGGCAUCAGACAAAAAAAAACAUGGGGAACGCAGAAAGUAUGGAUGCUCAGCUCACAGAUUUCAGGGCGAGGGGAAGCAAACCCCCUAAACUGCCCAUGCCGGACCCUGCCGAACUGGAGGAGAGAUUUGCAAUCGCACUGAACACUAUGAACCUUCCUCCGGAUAAAGUGAGGAUCCUGAGACAGUAUGACAAUGAAAAGAAAUGGGAGCUGAUAUGCGAUCAGGAACGGUUCCAAGUGAAGAAUCCUCCCCAUACAUAUAUCCAGAAACUUAGAAGCUUUCUGGACCCUGCUGUCACCAGAAAGAAAUUUAGGAGACGAGUUCAGGAGUCAACUCAGGUGCUCAGAGAGCUGGAGAUAUCUCUUAGGACUAAUCACAUCGGGUGGGUGAGAGAGUUUCUCAAUGAGGAGAACAAAGGGCUCGAUGUGCUGGUGGAGUACCUGUCGUUUGCCCAGUAUGCUGUCACGUUUGAUGGAGAUGUAGCAGAGAGCGCCACAGGUGAGAUUUCUGUAGAGACUCCCUGGAGCAGGUCUAUAGAAGAUCUGCAUGGCGACAGUAAUCUACCAUCACCAGUCAGCGGCAGCAGCAUACCACGAUCCACACGGCACUCCUUAAGGUCCAAUACUUUGCCCAGUCGCAGAACUCUAAAGAAUUCCCGCUUGGUGUGUAAGAAAGAUGACGUUCACGUCUGCAUCAUGUGUCUUAGAGCUAUUAUGAACUACCAGUAUGGCUUCAACAUGGUCAUGUCCCAUCCGCAUGCUGUCAAUGAAAUUGCUCUAAGCCUUAACAACAAAAAUCCCAGGACCAAAGCUUUGGUUCUGGAGCUGCUGGCCGCUGUGUGUUUGGUCAGAGGAGGACACGAGAUCAUCCUUGCUGCUUUUGACCAUUUCAAAGAGGUCUGCUCAGAAACCCAGCGGUUUGAGAAACUGAUGGAACACUUCAAAAACGAAGACAACAACAUUGAUUUCAUGGUGGCGUGCAUGCAGUUCAUCAAUAUUGUGGUGCACUCGGUAGAGGACAUGAAUUUCAGAGUUCACCUCCAGUAUGACUUCACCAAACUCUCUCUGGACGACUAUUUGGAGAGGCUGAAGCAUACGGAGAGCGAUAAACUCAAAGUGCAGAUCCAGGCUUAUUUGGAUAACCUGUUUGACGUGGGGACGCUUCUAGAGGACGCAGAGACCAAAAACGCUGCCCUGGAACGUGUGGAGGAACUGGAGGAAAAUCUAUCACAUAUGAGCGAUAAACUCUUAGAAACGGAGAACGAGGCCAUGUCUAAAAUUGUGGAGCUUGAGAAACAGUUGAUGCAGAAGAACAAAGAGUUGGACACCGUCCGGGCGGUGUACCGGGACGCCAGCUCGCAAGUUCAUACUCUGCGACGGAUAGUUCGGGAAAAGGAUGAGACCAUUCAGAAGCAAUCCACACUGGAGAAGAAGAUUCAUGAGCUGGAACGCAGAGGCAGUCUGCAAAUCCAGGUGAGGGGAGAGGGAGACGGGGAGGGAGAUGUGUCUCCGCUGCCUUCGCCUCCUCAACCCAUGGCUCUGUCCCCCUGUCCCGAUGCCAUGGCUCUGGCUGGAGCCUGUGCUGGAGCAUCAUACAGCUCUGCUAGCUCUUCUCAGACUGGCACGCUUCGAGCAAUGGUUACUCCGCCACCUCCUCCACCUCCACCACCUCCAAUGACAGAUUCUUCUGUUCCCAAUGGACCAUCAGCAGCUCUGCCUCCACCUCCGCCUCCUCCACCUCCUCCACCGCCUCCUCCUCCUCCACCACCUCCACCUCCCGGUCAUUCAAUUGAGAUCUCUGCUCCUUUACCUCCGCCUCCACCUCCAUGUGCUCCUCCUCUGCCCGGCAGCGGCACACCAACCGUCAUAUUCAACUCUGGCUUGACAGAUGGACCAAUCAAGCUCUUCUCUGUGAAAAUUAAAAAGCCAAUCAAAACGAAGUUCCGCAUGCCUGUGUUCAAUUGGGUGGCUCUGAAACCAAAUCAGAUCAACGGCACCGUCUUCAAUGAAAUCGAUGACGAAAGGAUCCUAGAGGAUUUGAAUGUCGAUGAGUUUGAGGAAAUGUUUAAGACCAAAGCCCAGGGCCCCGCCGUCGACAUGACAUUGCAAAAACAAAAGGCUCCUCAAAAAGGCCCCAAUAAAGUAUCACUGCUGGAGGCCAACAGAGCCAAAAACCUUGCUAUCACGCUCCGCAAAGCAGGCAAGAGCCCUGAGGAGAUCUGCAAAGCAAUUCAGACGUUUGACCUGCGUACGGUGCCAGUGGAUUUCGUAGAGUGUUUGAUGCGGUUUAUGCCCACUGAGAGUGAGGUGAAGGUGCUCCGUCAGUAUGAGCGGGAACGACGGCCAAUGGAUGGACUCACCGAUGAGGACCGCUUCAUGAUGCUCUUCAGCAAGAUUGAAAGACUGCCACAGCGCAUGACCAUCAUGGCCUUCAUGGGCAACUUUACUGAUAGCCUGCAAAUGCUCACACCGCAACUUCAUGCUAUCAUAGCUGCAUCUGUAUCAAUCAAAUCAUCACAGAAGUUAAAGAAAAUCCUUGAGAUCAUUUUGGCCUUGGGAAACUACAUGAACAGCAGUAAGAGAGGAGCUGUUUACGGCUUCAAACUUCAGAGCUUGGAUCUGCUGUUGGAGACCAAGUCAACAGAUAGAAAACAGACCCUUUUGCACUACAUAGCCAAUGUGGUGAAGGAGAAAUAUCCCAUUGUGAGCAUUUUCUACAAUGAGCUGCACUACAUCGAGAAAGCUGCUGCGGUCUCUCUGGAGAACGUUCUCCUGGAUGUGCGAGAGCUACAGAGAGGUAUGGAUCUGACUAAAAGAGAGUACAGCAUGCACGGCCACAACUCUCUGCUCAAAGACUUCAUCCAUCACAACGAGGCCAGGCUGAAGAAGCUCUUGGAUGAUGCUAAAAUUGCACAGGAUGCCUUUGACGAAGCUGUUAAGUUUUUCGGGGAGAGCGCCAAGACCAUGCCACCCUCUGUGUUCUUCCCUGUGUUUGUUCGCUUUAUCAAGUCCUAUAGGCAAGCGGAUGAAGAGAAUGAGCUGAGGAAGAGGCAGGAGCAGCUGAUGAUGGAGAAGCUUAUGGAACAGGAGGCCAUGAUGGAGGAGCAAGAAAGUCAACAGUCGCCGUCUCACAAGGGUAAGCGGCAGCAGCAAGAGCUUAUUCACGAGCUAAGAAAGAGACAAGGCAAAGACAGCCGCCUUGUUUAUGAAGGCAAAGAUGGAGCCAUCGAGGACAUCAUUACGGUGCUGAAGACCGCCCCUUUUACCGCUCGAUCAGCCAAACGCGGCUCGCGGUUCUUCUGUGAUCCCGCUCUCUCCGAGGACUUCCAUUACUAAACUAAACUCUGUCCCCUCAGAAAGACCUGCGCAACCAACCCUUCAGACGGGCUGAUGCCCUCAGAAGGAGCGGGAGAAGAAACUUAGAGGUGCAGCACCUUCAGCUACGGACCGUGGAGAUCAGCACAUGCUAGCCACCAUUGUUCAGCUUUUGAAUCUACUGAAAACAACACACACAAACACACACACAAAAGCACACUUCAGACCAAGGAUAGAUGGAGAAAUGUGACACGAACACUUCUGUUUACCUGGGAUCUGGAAUCUCGAUUUAAUGGACUGUUUUAUGUUGGAGAGAACAAUGAAUAUUGUGAAUCCUACAAAUGGACGAUGAGCUAGCAAAUGAUUUAAGACAUUUGGGUUUUAUUUCCACGAAAGAGCAGAAUGAGGUCUUGGAUUUUGGCCUACUUGUGUCGUUUUACCACCGUUUUAAAGCUGCGGGUUUUUCUGAGGGGAAGAGUUACAAGAUGCACUUUUAUUUUUUAUCUUUAAACAUUGAACUCGGAUCAUCUCAACUGGACUUGUUUUCGUUUUUUUUUAAAUGUGGAUGAAGCUGGACUUGGUACUGUAAUGCUAUUGAGGUGCUUCUUUGCAGAUUUAAACAUGUUUACUACCAAGCAUUCACUACCAGUGUGACAUUGUACACAUCUCAUUUUAAUAAUCACAGACUUGCUCUCCUACCGGUUUUAUCUCAUGUGACGUUUGUGAGCUGUGAAAAAGAGUUUGCUGUUUUUUUUAAAAACAAAAAUCAAAGACAUUUCAUUGGACAAAAAAAAAGGCUUUUUUUUAAAUGUACAGAUAUUUUGCUACGAAAUCGAGCCUCUUAUUUUUUACAUUGUUCAUCCAUUGUGGUGCUGUACAUAUUGUUGAAACGAACCGACCUGUCCUGCAAUAUCACUGGAAUGUUAUUGACUUUUUAUGUUGUGUAGUUUGACAGUAUUAUUUAAUUGGAUGGUGAAGACGCUGAAUCAACUUUCUCUGUGACCUGAAUUGCUCUCUCUCAUCACUGUUGUUGCAUAAUGGUAAAUGUCUGUGGUUGCACGUAACACUUGAAAGCUUGAGCAGACACUAGUGGCACAUUUAACGUUUUUCUACUUUGAUCUCUUUAACUGGAAUCAGUGGUUGUGUGCAAAUAAAGCAAUGACACCAGCACCGUUAAAAAAAA